AGACGCUUCCGUCCAAAACCCCGUGCGCCUCUCCCGUCCUCUCUUCCUCGCGCCGUAUCCAUCCAUCCAUCCAUCCAUCCUUCCUUCCUUUCUUCCAUCCAGCUCACCUCCUGUAUCGCCCCCUGGACCAGCCCCUCCCUCUUCCACCUCCCUCCGCCUCUGUUCGCCGGGAGAUCAGCGCUCCAUCGGGCGGAGCUCAAAUCACAAGAACCGAGGACAUGGGAGCGUGAAAAGCGGAAAAAAUCCCGGAUGAGACAUAAGGAGCACAGGUAAGGUCUGGUUACUGCAGCCGUCAGAGCCACUGGUGGCUGCGACAGAGGUGUCGUUUUGCGGCGGAAGAGUGAAGACCGUGUUGUGCGUCAAGGACUAAAAGUGUUCUGAGCAGAAAACAAUGAAUGCAUGGAGAGAUUGUGCAGGGAGUGUAUAGAUCUCUAUGGUUAAUUCAGCUCUGAAUCAGGCCCACGGUGUGUUUCCUGCUCUGUUUAUGUUGCUGCAGCUGAUGGAAGCUGCGCACUGCGCUCCUGCGCCGGCAGAUGUUUUGCUCACGCUGUGCGCCUGACUCAGCUCAACUCCUUACAGCCUUUACGUGCACACUCACUGCACCAAAACUGGAAUUCCAGCGAUUUGUGCAUCUAAUUUCCUGUGGAACUAUGAGCUAUGGGACAGUGCGCCCAGGGCUCUGGGUAAGAGUCGUCCAUGUUUGCUCGCAGCGGAGUCGUGACAGGUUGCAUUGCGCUGCAGUUUGACCUUGCAGCAUUUGUGUUUUGUUUUGUUUUUUGCUUCUUCUUUUUUUCUAUGAUUCUGUCCCAGCCUAAUAAAUGACAGGGAUUUUUACUCUAAACAUAUUAAGGCGCGAAAUAGUUUUCAUUCUUUGGUGGUGAAAAGAAUAGCUAUGUUUCUAUGAGCAAGACUAAAUCAAGGACUGCUUCUUAAAUGUGCAUGGAGUCAGCACAGACUCAACCACAGGGCCUCUGAGUUCUUGGAAUUAAGCUGAAAACAGGAGGCCGACAACAGACGACCCUGCAGGCCUAGCAAGAGGUUGUCUGACUCCAUGUCUGCCCCUGCUCCAGCCAGUCGGAGGACGACGUCAGGCUCUCGCCGAUUCAACCCUCUGAAGGCGCUGCAGCCCAAACGCCGCUUGCAGCAAAUACUGGCGUCCUCACCCGUGCCGGCGGCUUCCAAGCCGGCAUCGGGAUCGGGGACGAGUGCAGCCGCGGCCACUGCGCCGGUGGCCAUUCCGGUGCCUGCGCCCCCUGCGUUUGACUACUGCAGGUUCAUAGAACUAGAUUAUGUCCCCAUGGAGUCAGGCUACAUGGUUUCAAUGCGCCCCACUAAAGGCUACACAUCGACCAAGUCGCCCACUAAAGGAUACACCUCCACAAAGUCUCCGGAUCGCCGCUCGACAAACUCUCCCUCCACGCCACGUUCCCGGCGGCCUCCAGCUGCACCCAGUAACAGAGAUCCCCAAGGCAAUGCCUCCGUCAGCAGUGGCAGCAAUUCAGGCUCGUGUAAAGGCAGUGACUGCAGCCCCACCAAAGGACGUCAGAAGUACACAUCAUGUACGGACAACCAUGGCAUUCGCCCUCCUCCCCCAGAGCAGUACCUCACACCUCUCCAGCAGAAGGAAGUGUGUAUCCGACACCUGCGAGCCAAGCUCAAAGAGACCAUUAACACCCUGCAAGACAGGGACACAGAGAUUGAUGCUCUGCGAACUAAGCUUUACCGAAUGCAGGAAGACUGGGUUGAGGAGGAGUGUCACCGCGUGGAGGCUCAGUUAGCCCUGAAGGAGGCUCGUCAGGAAAUUCAGCAGCUCAAACAUGCAGUGGACACAGUUCGUACCCGACUUAGUGAUGCCGGUGGGCUCAGUGGAGACGUAGGGGUUCAAAAGUACUUCCAGGACAUCAAUACUCAGAAUCACAAAUUGGAGAACCUUUUGCUUAACAUGGAGAUAGCACAAGCAGGACUAGCCAAGGAAGGAGAAGCCAUACCAGGCUGCAGGACCCGUGCUGGGGGCUCAGCUCCGGCAUCUGUUUCUGGAGAAAGCCCUGGAGUUGUACCUAAGUUGCCAGUGGGAGGGAGGGGGUCUUGUUCUUGCGAUGGCUCUCCAGCUCGUUCUCUGACUCGGAGCUCCACCUACACCAAGCUGAGCGAACAGGCACUGGGAGACCGCAACUGCAAUGACACAGACUUUCCUUGCCUCUCAGCUGAUGGCACACAGGACAGUGGGUUUGUGUGCUGUGGAGAGAACAGUGUCCCCAGCCGGGCAGACCUCCUCCUGGAAGCUGCCUACCUCUCAGAGGAAACGGCAUCUUUGUUGAACUCCUACACGCAGACCUUCUCCCACACUUUGCCUCAUUCUGCCCCCCUCUCUCUGCCUCACACCUACUCCCAUACCUUACCUCAUUCUUUCCCUCACAACAUGUCCCACUCCAUGCCACACACGAUGCCUCACUCCUCCACCUAUGAGAAACUCUGCACAGGCGAGCGGCUGGCUCCAUUUCGUUGCAGUUUGGGUGGAGUGAGCUGCAUGAGCCACCCCUGCCUGUCCCACCACCACCUAUACCUGCACCCCCUGAGGGAGGCAGGCAUUCAGACUGAGAGCUGUCCCAUCCCUGCAACAGCGGGGUAUCCCUCUGAUCUGGAUACUAUUGCAGAGCAACGUACAUUUCGCUCUCAGGCCUGCAGCCCCACCUCCACCUGGAUGUCUGAUGAGGUGGAAGAGGAUCUGGACUCCAUCACCACCACCACUUCAGUGACAACAGCGACCGUGAUGAGCACAGCCACUGAGCCAAUUCCAGUUUCCAAAACACCACUGGCUCCACCUCUUCCACGAUCCGCGACUGUGGCAUUUUCCAUGGAGAGUCCUUUGUAUCAGGCAAAUGACAAAGUUGAGGAAGAGGAAAAGCAAGAAAAAGAAAAUAGAGAGAAGGCAGGAGAAAAGUUGGACAACACUAAAGUCAGACAAUCAGGAGAGGCAGAUCAAAGCUCAGUGGAAGGGAUUGAGGUAUUGGAUGAAGAGGCAGAACAAAUAAAAGUCUGUGAUUUAGCAGGAAGAAUGCAGGGUGAACUUAAUUUUGCAGGGUGCUGUGGAGAAAACAAGCAAGAUGACCAGAGAGCGGAGGACAAGCAGCAAGAGGCCAGGAUUGGAGAAAUAUCAACAGAGGAAAAGAGCCCUGUGAUUACUUCAGAGUACACUGGACUGUCUCCGGGUGUACAAGAGCCUCAAACAUCCCAACCUCCGAGGAGAUCUAUCUCCCGUGAAGAGAUAGCUCGUGUCACAGUGGUGGAAGUUCAUGACGAGGAUGAUGACGAAGAUAAGACUAAUGAACAAGAGGCCACAGGGAUUGCUGUAGCAGAGGACGAAGACUCUGGGAAAAUCCAAAAAAGCUACUGGAGUCGUCACUUCCUGAUUGAUCUGCUAGCGGUGGCCGUCCCUGUGGUGCCAACGGUGGCGUGGCUGUGUCGUGGCCCGGUCCGUGGCGGCCAGCCUAUGUAUCACAUCGGUUCACUGCUGAGAGGCUGCUGCACUGUUGCACUGCACUCGCUACGCAGGGGCGGUGGCCUGAGACAUUACCCUGCAGGCGGGGGAGAUCUUGGCGGCACACAAAUAUAGCAGAAUGACAUCUUCCUGGUCCUUUACUGUGGUGUCACUUCUUCUGUGAUGUCUGUAGUGUUAGACCAUUGCUUAAAGUGCAAGAGCAAGAACUUCUUGUUCCUCUGCUUUUGAUGGUAAUAAAGAAUGGGAAUGUUAGGAACAAGAGUUGGGCAUCAAAGAGGAAGACCUUUGACCGAUCAACUCUACUGUUUGACCCUGCAACAUAUUGUAAAAGCAAGAAAGAUAAUUACUUUUUCUUGCUUGGUCUUUGCUGUCGUUACCAAAAUAUCCAUGUACUGGCUUGUGCUAUAGCUGAAUGAGCUGCUUGAAAGGAAUGAUCAAUGCUUUGGUGUUGAUUGUUUAAUUUAUUUUUGAAUGUAGAGGAAAAUGUCCCUUGCCAUGUCAGCUGUCAGUUAUGACGUAAUACGAUGAUCACAUGUUGGUGAAUGUGUACAUAAAUACUUUAUAUGUAUGUAUAGGUGUGUAUAUGUAAAAUUAAAUUAGAACAAACUAAGGUAACGGUUGUUGGCCAAUGGUAGUGGGAAUAAAUCCACUUUAAUCCAAAGCUGCAGACACUUUUCACUGAUAACUUCAUUUGUCUGCUGUGGAGAAAAACAUGGGAGACACAGAACUCAGGUAUCUGCUAGGGGUAGAAACACAACCAAUCCUGUCAGCCGGCCUUGCACAGUGGUGUGCUAAAUAAACUUCAGUCAAAAGCAGUUUAUUCUUACUGGCUUCCUCUCUUUAAACUGGCAGUGGAGAUAUUUACAAUGAGAAUUUUGUCUUUGAUAUACAGGCUAUCUGUACCCAGACUUAAUGGAGAGGCCUGGCUAUUACAGUUCAGAUGUUUAUAAAUGGACUCUUUACUGUGUCCACUGAAAAGGUUUAAAUCGGGUAGAACAGGAAGAAAACGCUUCACUUUUCUUGGACUUCCUGACACAAGUCCAGAUGAAGAUCAAGGGUUGCUCAGAAUUAAAUGACUGCCUUAGAAGUUAAUGGUUCCCUCUACUGGCCAGAAGCAGAAGUGAAUAAACUCAAAGAUUUGACAUUUAUUCUUUAACGAUAACUUUAUUCCUUUUCUAAAGGUUUGCUUAAUGACAUUAAUAAUGGUAAAUUAUAAAAUUAUUCAGUGGAAAGGGACUUGAAUUUUGUUGUUCUUUUAUGUUUUCCCAAUGUGGUGCUCAGCUGAAAUGUUUUAAUUUUCAGGGGAGUAAAAUAUUCUAGAUGAAAGGAGAUAUGACUACCUUUAGCUCCAGCAACAAACAAGACAAAACAACGACUGGGGGUAAACACAUUUAGUGUAGAAUUGGUCAGGCAUUUUUUUAAAUAGAAAUUUAAAUCAUUAAGAGCACAUGGCAGUGAGGUCAUGCACUAAUUAAUGAUUGCAGAAUAAAACAGAACAGAGAUUAUCUGUGAUCCUUACAUGAUACUCUCUUUCAAUGGUCACUUCAUAUGUAGGGACUUCAGCCACAUUUGUCUGGAUUUCCCAUCUGUUAAAUGAUGGAAGAUAAUCAAGUGAAUUUAGCUGUAAUCCAGUUUCACUCUGGGUCCAUGUUAAACAUACCUGUUGGAGUUAAUCUGGCUCUGAUAAGGUGCAGCAGUGCAACAAGUAGUCCAGACAUUUCUUAGUUUCACAGGGACACAUACCUAGCUGUGUAGUUAUUUAAACAAACAUAAAAGAAGAAAGUUAGCCAAGCUGUAAACACUUCAAAAAUACACCUCUGUACAUAAAAACAGACCACUUUACAGUAGCUUCCACCGUCAUGGUGGAAGUUCAAACAGAAGUAAUCGUAACCUAUGAACAAUGUUAGUUGUUACUUUGGCUAACAUUCAGUCACUUUUACAGCGAACAAACUGUGCAGUUUUUCCUGUUAGUUUUCUCUACAUGUGGUAGGCUGCAUCCUAUGCCCUUGUUUGCCCUCUAGUUUAUUUGUUGUGCUCUUUUCAAUACAACCCUUCUUGUGCAGUCUGCUUCUCGAGUCGACACUGAUCUCCUUUCUCGCAAGUUGCUGGUUGUGUUUCUACCCUGAGAUUGUUUUUGUUAGACUCACCUAUUUAUUUUCACUGUAUCACUUGUGUGCGAAGUGUUCUUACAUCGAUUGUAAUGAUGCAGUUCCCCCAGUCCCCCUCCAAAUGUCUACCCUGUCCACUAAUUUUCCGCCAUUACAUAAUUAGUUCACAGACAACACAUUCAACGCUAGUUAUAUCCUUACACCUGCUCUGAAUUGUCCUUUAGCUAAAGGUUAGCUAGGUUAGAUAAAGAUAGCUUGAAUAUCUUUGAAAGAACUCUAAAUAAAUCAAAGUUUUUUUGGUGAGAAUUCAUGAAUUGUUAUAGAAACUUCAGUGUGUACAUUUUGUACAUUGAGAAAUAUAUUGCUCUUAGAUUAUUCCUCCCUAA